GCUUUCCCCUACCAACGGAGUUCGUUCACCCCGUUCCGCGGUCGUCGAAGCGCUGUAUAUAGUACGACCGGCAUGAUAGCAUGUUCACAGCCCCUCGCCGCAAGAGCUGGCCAGCAAAUCUUAUCAGAUGGUGGAAAUGCAGCAGAUGCGGCUAUCGCAGUAGCUGCGAGUUUGAAUGUGACUGAGCCCGGAUCAACCGGUAUUGGUGGCGAUAUGUUCUGUCUUUUCUACGAUAGCAAAACGAGGAAAGUGCACGGUUUGAACGGGUCUGGACGUUCUCCGAUGAGUCUUACUCUGGACAAGGCUCGAAAACGGUUGGCAAUUCCCCGCAACAAGCCCGGGCAAAUCCCACUUAAUAGUGUUCUGGCAGUCACAACACCGGGGGCAGCGAGUGGGUGGGUGGAUACAGUCGAAAGGUUUGGGAGUGGCAAUCUUUCCCUGGCGCAGAUUCUCAAGCCUGCAAUUUCUCUUGCGGAUCAGGGAUUUCCUGUUUCUGAGAUAUCGGCACGUUUGUGGCAGGAAAAUGAGAAAUCGCUCAAAGAGGCUUCGCCAAAUUAUCGCGAACUGCUCAAGGCCAGUCCUGGCCCAGAUGACUCCGUUCGUGCUCCUGUAGCAGGCGAAAUCACGACCAACCACGGCCUUGCGCAGACCUUUCGCACACUUGCCUUGCAAGGAAAAGAUGGGUUCUAUCGAGGCCACGUCGCAGAUGCUAUUGUGGAAGCGGUCAGGGAGCGAGGUGGAUAUCUCACUCACGACGACUUAUCCCAUCAUGCAGAUGUUGGAAGCACGGCAACUGAUCCAAUUUCUGUUCGAUUCGACAACUCGGUGGAGAUCUGGGAGCAUCCGCCCAACGGCCAGGGACUUGUUGCGCUCAUGGCACUCAAGUUACUCGAGGAGCUGGAACGGACCAACAAGAUUCCUCCGUUGUCCGGUCUCGGGCAUAACUCUGCGGACUACAUACACACCCUGGUGGAAGUCUUGCGCAUUUCCUUUGCGGACGCAUCCUGGUGGAUUGGAGAUCCUACCUACUCAGCUACUCCAAAUCUGCUAUCAGAUUCCUACAUCAAGGAAAGAGCACGUCACUUCAGCUUGUCCACCCCCUCAGGGAUUCUCCUUCACGGCAGUCCUGCCUUGAAUUCGUGUGAUACGGUAUAUUUCGCCGUCGUUGAUAGCAACGGGAACGCUGCGUCCGUUGUGAACAGCAACUACCAUGGCUUCGGGACCGGGAUAAUCCCACGCGGAUGCGGCUUCACUCUGCAGAGCCGCGGUGCGAAUUUCUCCUUGUCGCCUGAUCACCCCAACGUUCUUGCACCGGGUAAGCGGCCCUACCACACGAUCAUACCCGCGAUAGCCACGAAUGCAGACGACCGGACGUUACACACUGUGUUUGGCAUCAUGGGGGGUUUCAUGCAGCCACAGGGACAUGUGCAGCUGCUCAAGAAUAUGCUUGUAUUUGGCAUGAACUCGCAGCAAGCACUUGAUGCACCCAGGGUUUGCAUUGGGGCGAUGGGGCACGAGAAGCUAGCAGGAUUGAAGGAAAGGACGGUCUACGUGGAAGAGGGUGUAGAUUCCCACAUAGUGGACGAGUUGCGCCGCCGCGGCCAUAUGGUCGAGGUGGUUUGUGAGUGGGAUAGGGAGCUUUUUGGACGAGGGCAGAUCAUACGGGCGGUCCAUGGCGAACAGUCGCAACCAGUCUUGGAAGCCGGGAGUGACUUUAGAGCUGACGGGAUGGCUGUUCCUGUAUGA